AUGUACGCUAACUGAAAUUCAUAUGCUGCGUAGUACGCAUGAAUGUUUUUCUACGGUCAGCUAUACGGUCGUAGAUGUCAGUACGAGCGAACACGCACGUUUUGAAGUGCGUUUCCCGGCAAAUAACCUUCUAACAAAGCGAGUCAGAGUGUUUCAAUAUUGAUAAAAGUUUAUUUAACAUAUUUAAUAAUGACGCUCGAUAAUUCGUGGCACGUGAUAAAAACUGCUGCUACGGUAAACAAGCACGAGUUGGUGUUGUCAGGUCCAGCGAUUUCCGAACUGAUUAAGAAUAGAGGUUUCGACAAAUCAUUGUUUAACCUGCUACACCUGAACUAUUUGAGCAUAACGCAAACGUGCCUGCAAGAAGUACCAGAGGAAAUCGAGAAAUUACAGAAUCUGACAAAUUUAGUACUGCAUUCGAACGAACUCGCAAAAAUUCCGAGCACAAUUGACAAGGUAGAGAAACUGAAGUUUCUCGAUUGCUCCAGGAACAAGUUGUCCUCUUUGCCGGACGAAAUUGGACGACUUUCGCAAUUAACCACGAUGAACUUCAGCUCGAAUCUAUUAAAGUCAUUGCCCACCCUGAUCGGUAACGUAAAACUAUGCGUUCUGGAUUUAUCGAAUAACCAAUUCGAACAGUUCCCUGAUGUAUGUUAUCCAGAAUUGGUUCAUCUUUCUGAGGUUUAUGUUAACGGAAAUCAAAUAAAAGAAAUCCCCGUAACUAUAAAUCAGCUUCCGCAAUUGAAAAUAUUAAAUGUAUCAGAUAAUUUGAUUUCAGCUGUACCUGGUGAACUUGCCGAUUGUAAUAAGCUAAAGGAAUUUUUCUUGAAAGGAAACACGUUAACAGAUAAAAGACUAUCGAAAUUAGUAGAUCAGUGCCGUACUAAACAAAUAAUAGAAUACGUAAAGUUACAUUGUCCUAAAACUAGCGGUUCCACUAGUUCUAACGCUAAAGCUAAAAAAGGAAAAAAAGGACAGAAAUUAUCAGAAUCUGAAAAUAAUGCUAAUACGAUAGAUAGUUUAACGCACAUGUUUAAAGUAUUGAAAAUAACAAACGAUACCCCGUUAAUUAAAAUUACAAAGCACGUGAAAAACAUUAGACCUUUUAUAGCAUCUUGCAUCGUUAAAAAUAUGAAAUUUACAGACGAUAGUUUUAAGAAAUUCAUUCAACUUCAGACUAAAUUACACGAUGGAAUAUGCGAGAAGAGAAAUGCAGCUACUAUUGCUACCCACGAUUUCAAAUUGAUCACCCCUGGUGAUUUAACGUAUACAGCGAAACCGCCGAACGAAUUAAAAAUUAAACCCCUGUUGCAUAAUGGGUUUUUUACCGGCGCUGAACUGUUUCAAAUGUUGCAAACAGAAGCUGAGAACUUGAGAAAAGAAAAAAAACGUAAUGUAUAUUCUGGCAUUCACAAGUAUCUUUACUUAUUAGAAGGCAAACCUCUGUUUCCUUGUUUAUUGGAUUCUUCGGAACAAGUUAUAUCGUUUCCACCAAUAACUAAUAGCAAAAUUACGAAAAUGUCAGUAGAUACUGAGACAAUGCUGAUAGAAGUUACCAGUGCUAUAUCAUACCAAAUCUGCAGAAACGUACUUGACUACUUUUUAAAAGAAUUAGUCACCCUUGGUUAUGGAUGUCCUACGGAGGAAAAAAGUGCUUCCAACUACCAUAAUUUAGUUUUAGAGCAAGUGAAAGUAGUAGAUAUGGACGGUAAUAUGAAACUGUUAUACCCUUCAAGAGCAGAUUUAAAUUUUGAAGGCAAUUCAAUUACUGUACUGCGAGAGUAAUAAACCACUGUGAGUAAUUUAAUUGUUCUACUUUUGUAUAAUUUGCAUUUACUUUUGUUUUUUUUUAUUAUU